AUGGAGUCAUUUCUAAAAUCUAACCAGUACGCAGCUGGUCUUGUGGAAAAGUAUCCGGUUAUUUUGGACUAUGUCCCUACUGUUGAUAGACCUUUCUUUAAUGUUUCGUUGUGGACUCACUUUGAUGCUGCUGUCAGCAAAGCCACAGAUGGGAAAUUUAUUCCUAGCCAAUUCACAUUUGUCGCUGGUGAAUUGCCAUUGAGUGAACUCUUCCCAGUUAUGGGUAUGAUUGGUACCUACUACCUAGUUAUUUUUGGUGGUCGCGCCGUGUUGAAGAACACUGAGCCUCUAAAGUUGAACUUUUUGUUCCAAUUGCAUAACUUAUUCUUGACCACACUAUCCUUGACAUUGUUGGUCUUGAUGGUGGAGCAAUUAGUUCCAAUGAUUGCUAAGCAUGGUCUAUACUAUGCCAUUUGUAACCAAGGUGCUUGGACUCAGCCAAUGGUUACUUUAUACUACAUGAACUACAUUACCAAGUACAUUGAAUUUAUUGACACCAUUUUCCUAGUUUUGAAGCAUAAGAAGUUGACUUUCUUGCACACCUACCACCACGGUGCUACUGCUUUGUUAUGCUACACCCAGUUGGUUGGUACUACUGCUAUUUCCUGGGUUCCAAUCUCUUUGAACUUGGGUGUCCACGUGGUUAUGUACUGGUAUUACUUCUUGGCUGCUAGAGGUAUCAGAGUCUGGUGGAAGGAAUGGGUCACCAGAUUCCAAAUCAUUCAAUUUAUUAUUGACAUUGGAUUCAUUUACUUUGCCGUGUGGCAAAAGGUUGCUACUGACUACUUCCCAACAUUGCCUCACUGUGGUGAAUGUGUUGGUUCCACCACUGCCACAUUUUCCGGUUGUGCUAUCAUUUCCUCUUACUUGUUCUUAUUCAUCGCCUUCUACAUUGAAGUCUACAGACGCCAAGGAACAAAGAAGUCUAAGGUCAUCAAGAGAGUUAAGGGUGGUGUUGCUGCCAAGGUUAAUGAAUAUGUUAACGUUGAUGUGAAGAAUGUCAACACUCCUUCUCCUUCCCCAGCUCCAAGAAAGAGAAACACAAGAUCUAGAAAGGCUUAA